AGACGCUACAUCCAUUUCCGCUUCUUCCAACGUUGCGGCCGAUUCAUUGCUCGAAUAAACUGCCGGGGCACCGCUUUCCUUCGACGACACGACACGUUUAACUCCUCUCGAACAACCCAGAUCCGGCUUAAAUAAUCCGUUUGGAGUCCUCCGUGUUAUCGCGGUGUCACCUUGAAUUCGGCCUUUCCCGGAAUGGCUGGACAUCGUUCGCGACUAACGCAAAGCUGACCAACCGAUCUCUCAAACCCACCACAACAGAAUUAUCAGUCACGUUGAAAAUGCCGGCCGUGGUCUGAGGUGGGUUAUUUUUGUCUAUGUCUCUAGGUUUUUUAAUAGCCCUUUCCCCCUUCUCUUUACGCCGUUUUUUACAAUGGGAGUAGUGCUGCGGAAUCUCCAGAAGGUGGUGCCUCUCCGCCGCGCCAGACUGCGCAAGGAUGUCGAUACACUGAGGCACAUUCUGGGCAUCCAUAAGUUUGACCUGGGCAUCGUUUGCGUGGAUAAUCACAGAAUCCAGCACAUUAAUAACAUUUACAGAAAGAAAAACGUGCCCACGGAUGUCCUCUCAUUUCCAUUCUACGAGGACCUGAGGCCCGGUAAGCUGCCUUGCCCCCUUCAUAGAGAUGAGCUGAACCUCGGGGACAUUUUCUUGGGGGUGGAGUUUGUGAUGAAGCAGUGUAAAGAGGACUCCUUGGAUCUGCACGGAACCCUCGCCGUGAGUAGCUGCAGCCCUUCACGCCAUGUCGUCACUGCACACGGCAUCUGUCACCUGCUGGGCUACAGACACGAGACGGAGGAAGAAUGGACUGAGAUGCUGCAGAAGGAAAGUUACAUUCUAAACGAGUACAACCGUCUCACAGGGCGAAACCUGGAGCCGCUGAUGAAGAGAUGCGGUCAGGAUCGGUGAAGAGCACCUGCUGACUGUACCUUUGCACUACGGGGAUUGUUGUUGUCGUCACUAUCUUGACUGUAUUCACUGUGGUUUUGUCUGUACAAUCACACGCCACUGAUUUUAUGGACUUUAAUCAGCUGGCAGUUUGACUGAAUGUUUUCAAAAACAGGAUGUGUUGAAGUUUUAAACAUCAAAUUAAAAAGUCUGUGCACUUUCA